AUGGUGUCUCUGUUUAUAUAUGCCUUGACCUUUUUUUUUCCAGCUUCUGAUGAUGUUUGCAAUGUCAGUGAUGAUUUUGAUUGGACAGGCAGUGGACUUAGCGCCCCUCAGGAUCCCAUAGAGUGUGUUACUGAUUUCUUCGAUGGGUUUAUAUCAACCAAUGAGUUAAGCUUCUUGGAAGAUUUUGGAGAUUUUUUGGGAAAAUCCAAAGAGGAGAUAAAAACCACUCCAUCGAAAGAUUUUAAAUUUGGCAUGACUAAAAAGAAACCAAGAAGUAAACGGAGAUUAAAGCAGCGUGCGUGGCCGAUGAAAGAUUUUGUGUUUUCUGCACUAGAAAAUCAUGAAUUCCGAAAGAGAAUUUGCACCCAUUGUCAAAUUGACAAAACGCCGCAGUGGAGGAUUGGCCCACUGGGUCCGAAAACACUGUGUAACGCUUGUGGUGUGAGGUACAAUACAGGGAGGUUACUCCCGGAGUAUCGGCCGGCUGCAAGCCCCUCUUUUGACCAGAACAAGCAUUCAAAUCUUCAUAAGCAGAUACUGAGAAGGAGGGCCAAUUUAAUUUGA